CACACUCUGGCUGGUAAAAGAGCCCAGUCUUCAGGAGGUUGCUGGCCCCAGGGCUUUCCCCAGUGACUGAUGAUGUUAAACUGCGCGCUCUUGUGAUUGGUUGAGGCAAAAGGACAAGAGCAACUAUUGGGGGUGAGCUGACAGAGGGGAGGAAGUUUGGGGACCUGGGUCUGCUGGAUUGUUAGCUCCGAGCCCACCGUCUGAUGUGAAGACAUGGAUCAUGAACAGAACCAGGGAGCUUCGCUGCUACCGCUGUUGCAACUUCUUUGGCUGCUGCCCCACUCCUGGGCCGCCCCUGAAGUUCCUACUCCAGUGUGGCGGGAUGGCCUGCAAAACCACACGUUCCUGCACACAGUGUACUGCCAGAAUGGGACUCCAAGCCUGGGACUCUCUGAGGCCUAUGACGAGGACCAGCUUUUCUCCUUUGACUUUUCCCAAAACAGCCGCGUGCCACGCCUGCCUGAAUUUGCUGACUGGGCUAAGGAUCAGGGAGAUGUCUCCGCCAUUUCUUUUGACAAAGAGUUCUGCCAGUCAAUGAUACAGGACAUAGGCCCACAGUUCGAUGGGCUAAUCCCAGUGGCCAGAGGGUUUCCUGUCGCUGAGGUGUUCACCAUGAAGCCCCUGGAGUAUGGCAAGCCCAACACGCUGGUCUGUUUUAUCAGUAACCUCUUCCCACCCACAUUGUCGGUCAACUGGCAGCAUCAUUCAGUCCCUGUGGAAGGAGUUAGCCCCACUUUUGUCUCAGCCACUGAUGGACUCAGUUUCCAGGCCUUUUCUUAUUUAAACUUCACACCUGAACCCACUGACCUUUUCUCCUGCAUUGUGACUCAUGAGAUUGACCGCUACACUGCAAUUGCCUUUUGGGUGCCCAAGAAUGCUCUUCCCUCAGAUCUUCUGGAGAAUGUGUUGUGUGGCACGGCCUUUGGCCUGGGCGUGCUGGGCAUCAUUGUGGGCACUGUCCUCAUCAUCUACUACCGGAAGCCUUGCUCAGGCGACUGAUUCUUCUUGACCAGAGCCUGACUGCUAACAGCUUCAACCAUCCAAACAGGGGGUUCUUAGGUUUCUCAUGCCCCUGCCCAGGAUCUUUCCUUCUCAGAGCAGAAGUCCCUGGGGCCCUGGCAUUCCCCCAUGAAGGGGAAGCAGGGUGUGAAGGUUUCUAAACUGAGAGUUCUGCUGUCCCCGUGCCAACCAUCCAGGAGAGCCCAGAGUGCCCCACCUAUCAUGACCACAUUCCUUCCCACUUUAAGACAAUAAAUCCCAUUUAUUGA